AUGGCUUCAAGAACAAGUACUGGUGAUCCAUGGAGAUAUCAGCAGUUCUCUGCUCUACUAACUUCAGUAGUCCAAGAAUGGGUUUUGAUGCUUCUGCUGCUGCUUGAGGGUCUGCUCUCCUAUCUGGUGACAACAUUUGCACAGCUAUGCAAGCUGCAACCCCCAUGCCCAAUAUGCACGAGGCUGGAUCAUGUCUUAGGCAAGGCACAGCCGGGCUUUUAUCGAGAACUAAUGUGCAGUUCUCACAAGGCAGAAGCAUCAUCAUGGGCAUUUUGCCACAUCCAUCAAAACCUUGUUGAUGUUCACAGGAUGUGUGAGGCCUGCCUCCUGUCAUUUGCCGCUGACAAGAAAUCUAACCUAGAAACAUACCGGUCCUUGGUGGGGAAACUCGGUGUCGGUAUCGACAAUGUAGGUUGCAGAAACAACUUCACUUUGAGGAAUAAUGCAACUGAAGCACCAGGCAUGAAGGACACUCUAUGUUCAUGUUGCUCAAGACCAUUGCAAGUUAAGUCACAUCCUUUUGUGGUUCUUCAAAGCAAAGCUAGUGGCAUUGGCAUCGAGGGGAUUUGCAGAGUUGUUUCAAGAGACCAACAGAGUAUCGAUGAGAUCAAUUAUGUUGCAUACGGUGAGCUGAAGACCUCUGACACUGAAUCAGAGCCCUGGCAGCCUGGUGGUAAUGUUGGAAGUUUUCUCAAGGAUGACCAAGAUAAUUUGAAGGAAGGUUUUGUAUUGGACCAUCAUUUAACAAAGAUUGCAGAUGACAGACCCCCAUAUGAUAACUCAGAGGAGAAAUUACCUGAGGAGCCUGGGUUGAUACCAGUCCAGAAUGAUGGUUGCGAUAGUCAGCCUUCUGAAAGUUCAGGAGGUCUGCACAACAUCCAAGAUGAUGGCAACAAAAACCUUCAGUCAACUGAUCUUUCGAACAAAGACAGGCAGCAAAUUGCUGAAGAUUAUAAUACAAGAGGAGAUAAAUCUGAAGAUGAUGUUUGGCACAAUGCUCUUAGUUCUUCUGAUGAGUUAUCAAUAGCCACUAAAUCUGUUGAAACAGACACCUUGCCAGAUGAAAACAAAGUUGAAUUUACUCAAAGAAGAUCAAGGAAUAACUCUCUUAAAGUCCAUGAAGAUUUGAAAUCACUGUUGUCACAGCUUACUGCAUCCCGUGCAACUGACAGUGAUAGCCCUAUUGUACAGAACAACCAUGAACAAGCCAUACUUCACAAUAUCACAAGAGCACUCUCCCUUGAUAGGAAUUAUUCAGGUAUCUCCGAGAGCAUGGUAAAUGAAGCUGAAGGAGAGUGCACAAUUGAUCAGCUGAAGCAACAAAUUGAGCUGGAUCGCAAGUCGAUAAGCCGUCUUUGGAAGGAGCUGGAGGAAGAAAGAAACGCUUCAGCGGUGGCAGCGAACCAAACGAUGGCCAUGAUCACUAGACUGCAGGAAGAGAAGGCAGCAAUGCAGAUGGAAGCCUUGCAGUACCAGAGGAUGAUGGAAGAGCAAAGCGAGUAUGACCGUGACGACCUUCAGAAGAUGAUCGGAAUUGUUCAAAAUCUUCAGUCUGAGAUCGAAGGCUACAAGAUAAAACUUAAAGAUCAGCUACUCGUCAACGAAAUACGUGACCAAAUGCACCUUUCAUGUCCGAAUGAACAUGCUGGUUCUAGCAUCUCCAGAAUUAAAUCACUCGCUUGUUUUGAGGACGAGAAGACGUACAUCGCGAAACGCUUGCGGAAGCUGAGGCAGAAGCUUCAUGAAUUCUCAAACAAUAGCAAGCAUGUUCCAGUGCAAAAGCUCAGUGAUGGCAAAGAAGAUCCAGUUGACGUCAGAAGCAGCCAUGAUGCUUACGAAGACGGCGAAAUGGAUGACUCGGUGUUCGAGAAGCAUCUAGGAAGAAAUGAAUACAGCUCCGGGGACUCGAAACAAAGUGACCCCAAGGGGCAGUACCAUGCCAUGGUCAGUGAGAAUGACCUGGCUUCAUUUGAAGACGAGAUUUCCGAGGUCAGUGAGAGGCUGAUGGCACUGGAAGCGGACCUGAGCUUCCUGGAGCACAGUGUGAACUCGCUGAGAAAUGGCAAAGAAGGCGAGGAGCUGAUCCGCGACAUCGCUGGCAGCCUCAGGGAGCUUCGGAAGAUGGGGAUCGGUUGGAAGGAGUAG